AUAUCAUAAAAACAUCAUAAAAAGAAGUGUAUAAAGAGAAUAUACUAUGACAAUAAAAGAAGACGAUUCAGAUUUGAGUGUAGAUGAGGAAGAACAGCAAUAUAUUGAUUCGGACGAGCUUCAGAGUCAUGGUAUUGGUGUAGCAGAUAUUCAAAAACUUAAAUCAUCUGGAUAUUGUACAGUAAUGAGUAUUCAGAUGGCAACUCGUAGAAAUCUUUCAAAAAUUAAAGGAUUUAGUGAAGCAAAAGUAGAGAAGCUUAAAGAAAUUGCGCAAAAGCUUUGUCCUCCUCCAUUUCAAACAGCUAUGGAGGUUUCAUCGUUUCGACGACGAGUGAAUUAUAUUUCUACAGGAUCUAAACAAUUUGAUGCAAUGCUUGGAGGAGGGAUUCAAUCGAUGUCGAUUACGGAAGUUUUUGGAGAAUUUCGUUGUGGUAAAACUCAAAUUUCACAUACAAUGUGUGUGACAUGUCAGCUUCCAAAAGAAAUGGGAGGGGCAGAAGGUAAAGCAGCAUAUUUGGAUACAGAAGGGACCUUUCGUCCGGAUAGGAUUAAAUCAAUUGCUGCUCGUUUUGGAGUAGAUGCUGAACAAGCAAUGAAUAAUAUUCUUGUAGGCAGAGCUUUCAAUUCAGAACAUCAGAUGGAUUUAAUUAAUAAAAUGUGUACAAUUUUCUCAGAGGAUGGUCGAUAUAGACUAUUGAUUGUGGAUUCUAUUAUGGCAUUGUUUCGUGUUGAUUACUCUGGACGAGGAGAGCUCUCUGAAAGACAACAAAAGCUUAAUAUUAUGCUUUCUCGUCUUACUAGAAUUGCAGAAGAAUACAAUAUAGCUGUUUUUCUUACAAAUCAGGUUCAAGCAGAUCCCGGUGCAACAUUGAUGUUUGCUUCAAAUGACCGAAAACCUGUAGGAGGACAUGUUUUGGCACAUGCGUCUGCAACUCGAAUAUUGCUUAGAAAGGGCAGAGGAGAAGAACGUGUUGCUAAGAUACAAGAUAGUCCUGAUAUGCCUGAAGGAGAAUGUGUAUAUACUAUUAAGGCAGGAGGGAUUGAUGAUUCAUCAUAAUUAUUUCUAUGACAAAAUAUUUAUUAUUUUAAUAACAUGUGUAUUC